AAUUGCAUCCUCAUACACUGAAAUCCACCAGCCUUGCUCCAAGUUAUUCUUCCUUUAGGCCUCUUAUCUCUUGUUCUUGCUCCAAGUUCAUAAGAAAAAAAGAAGAAAAAUAUUUUCUUGCUUUGCAUUUCAUUUGCACUUUGUGUUUCCUUCCUUUCCCACUGCAAGAACGUGUUUGUGGUGGUACUACUACCCCGCAAGAACGAUUUUGUGGUGCGUCAUCGCCCACAAGAAUGAUUUUGUGGAGUGUUAUCACCCACAAGAACGAUUUUUGUGAGAGGCGACCAAGCCCCGCAAGGAUUACUAACUCUCGGACGGCUGACCUUUAUUUAACCAACUCUCACAUAACCAUUCUGAGUUCUUGUUGUGUGUUCUUGUGUUCUUGAUUGCAGGUAUGAGGAAGUCCAUAAGGAGGUUCGUUGGCACACUCAAGAAGAUGGUCGGCUCCAGCUCGGGUCGUUCCCAGGGAGGAUCGAGCUCUCUUCGCUCAUCCACCCCGACCCAAAGCUACACAAGAGAGCCGGAGGAGUCCUAUGACGAACCAGUAGAGUCGCAGGCGCCUGAGCAACAGCAAGAAGAAGAGACGCUAGACGACUCCCACAUCGAGCUCAGAGGAGAACGCGAGUUCCAAGCCUACAACAUCUUGAGAAACAGGACCUUCGGCCACACGUGAGUGUUCGACGAAGAACUGCUGAAGAAGACAGGUAUGGACACCGAAUUCGCUAGUAUUUGGAAGGCCGUGGGAUGGUCAACUUUUGCUGAAAUUUCUGAAGAAGGUUCCCGGGAUUUGACGAUUCAAUUUCUUUGCAUCUUGUGGAAACUGAAAAUGGUGUUUCAUUUCGAUUUUUCGGGAAUGAGUUUUCAAUGACUUGGAAAGAUUUGAGCACUCUUUUGGGUUUUCAUCCAAGAUGCACUACUGAUAUUGAGCACGUAAUCCGUGCAUACCACAAGGAAAGUUUUUGGCAGUCCAUCUCGGGAUUAGCCUCGUAUAUGCAGCCCCAUUGUAAUGAUAUUCAACAUCCGAUCUUGCGUCUGAUGCAUAAAUGGGUUGCACUUAUGUGUUUUCCAAGGGAGGAUCUUCGAACGGUUCAGGUUGAUGAACUUCGUAUUCUUUAUGCCAUGGUGAACAAAAUUAAAAUUGCCCCCGUUAAAGAAAUGGUUUGCCAGUGGCUUGGGGAUUUCAGAAUGGUUGAGCCUGUUGAAUGUACUUCACUUAUUACGCGGAUUGCUAAUGGUUUGGGUGUGUUAACUUGGGCUCAAAUUACUUAUAUUGCGGCACCCCGUAUGCAAAUUGAUUUGGCUUAUUUGGUACAAGGACAUACUUUAAAGAGUGCUCUAGAUGGCUCGAUUAUAUUUUUCUUUCCCGGCUAUGUAAACGAAAUCCCGCUUCCUAACCCGGGGCUUCGUUUAUAUAAGAGCAGGAGCCUAACAUUUGAACUGCAGCCUAUGGAAGCACCUCGCAGGAGUAGUGUGUCCGGAAGAAUGACCAGGAGUAGGUCCCGGAAUGCUGCAAUGGACAUGCUGCCGCCUCCGCCACAUCCUUUUCAUGGUUAUGCAGGGUAUGCUCUAGCUGGAGGGAUGGCCGGAUCCUCGUUCGAACAUCAACCUAGUUGGGACCAGCACAUCCCGCAACCCGAGGCCGGUGGGUCAUCAUGGCAGAGUGCAGGAAGCUCCGACUGGGAGCAAGCCGCCAGGGCCAAUUGUGGCUACAGUGGUAGCUCCAGUUCAAGUGGGGCACCCCCGCUCUUCGCGGCCCGACACUCAUUUUCAGCACGAAGCUACCAUGAUCUCCGUCAAGGGAUCCAUGAUAUCAACCUUAGGACGGAUGACAUUGAGCAUACUACGCAGCAAAUCCAGAGCACCCUCAACAUACAUAUUGAAGACACAAUGCAGCAACAUGCCCAGCAGCAAAGAGAUCAUAUCACCAUGAUGAAUUUCCUGAAGAAGCAACAAGAGGACAAUCUGGCUUUCUACUGGUACCAUGGUUAUGAUCCUGGACCCGGACAAUAAGCCAGCUUGCGGGGGAGAGCUCCCGGAAGGUAACAUGUAUCCUUGCAUUUGCUUAUUUCCCUUUUCUCACCCAUUGCAUUGCAUCGCAUAAAAACUUAAAAAUGACAAAAAUAUUUGCUAUCAUUUCCUUUAGUUCAUUUGCUUAUUUUCCAUGAGCAAUUAUGCUCAGUUGACAUGAUGAACAGUUGCUCUAUUUUAUUCUCUCUAUUAUGCUCAGUUUACAACUUGUAUUCUCCAAGAAUUGGGUUUGUUGGUUGGAAGAAUUUAACUUGAACCUGAAAUUUUGUGGGUUGCAAGUGCAUGAUCCAAGUCUAAGUUGUUGAGAAAUAUAAUAUGAUGAAUUAGAGUUACUACAAACUUGUUCCAAACAAAACUUUACGUCCAAAAUUUUUAUUUGCUCAAAUGACAAAAUGAAAAGUUCCUCAAUGAUGAGAAAAUUCCUACCAGAGCCAUAUGCAUGCAUGAAGCCCUCAUUGAUCAAACUAGUACACAUGCUGCUUAUUAUCAUUUUGAGCUUUGUCAAACUUUGUUACCUUUGUGAGUUUCAUUUCAUGCUCUCAUGAUAGAGAUCACACACACACCACCAUCACUUGCUAAACCUUCCACAACGGAGGUUAGCAACCAUUCGCCACUUAUUUACCAUCCAAAUACUCCGCAAAUAUAAAAUGAUCUCUCUCUCUAGUACUACACCUAGAAGGGCAUGAGCUAAAAAAAUAUAUGUGGGCACAUGAAGGUCCAUGAGUAGAAGAAAAAAAAGAGAGAAAACCUAGCCAUGUCCUAAAAUAGAAUGAGGAGAGAGAUCAUAUACAUGGAGUUUCAUUUAUUCAUUUCCCUUACCAUCCAUCCACCACACACAUGCACAUCUCGAUCAUGGUUAUAUGACUUGUUUACUCUAUUAGGUUCAGUUUUUGACUUAGCAAAUAUUUGAUACAAGUGUGCCUUAUCAUUCUUCCUAUCCAUGAGCUCCACAUAAACCAUUAUAGAAUAGUAGGAAGAAGGCACACUCAGGCCUUGGUUAGGGUUCAAACACAUUGAGCGAUUCGAGAGCGUCAUUUGAGGAACUCAGUUUUAUUUCUAAAAUCUUUGAAAACCUCCGGAUGUGAAGAUGAGCAAAGAAUGAAUGAGUAGUGCUUUAUGAGUCAUUCUAUCUUUCAACCGCCCAAGAUAAGGAAAAUGCAUGAUGCCCCAUGGAUACUAAGGUAAAAUGGUAAGAACUAUUGCCAACUUAUUCAAUUCAAGGUAGAAUAUUUUGUUGUAAUAUGAGCAUGGUAAAGAAAUGAGAUAUUGUAGCAACUCCUGAUCAACAACCUUAAGUUUAGCUUUGCUCAGGGACGAGCAAAAGUUCAGCUUGGGGGGAUUUGUUGAUGCUCAAUUCAGACCAUUUCUGAGCGUCUAUAUGAUUAAAAUAAAUGGAAGAGCUUGCAUUUCUUGCACUCAUGAUGCUAAUAAAUCACCGAAUUCCACAUGUCCCUUUAGAACUUUAUGAGUGCAGGUUUUUAGCUGAAAUGGAGGGCAAUCAUACCCUUUUGAUCCAAGGAAGAAGACGCCGUCCAAUCACGUGCUGACACACAAGCAACACAUGGAUUGGAGGGCCCACCAGAAGCACAACCCGACUUAACACAAGCCGUGUCAUCAACUAGGGGUAUGAGGGCCCACAUGUCAAUGCCUCAGCCAAAGGGGAAGGCAGGUGGGGCCGGACCAUGGCCGGCCGACCACCAUGGUCGGCCGAUGGCCCAUGGGCCCCACCGCCUUACUCCUUCGACGUGGCACUCUCUCAUUGGAUGACAAUGUCGGUUUGAGGUUCAAGAGCUGCAGAAACCAGCCGAGGAGAAGGUGACACCCUCCUAUAAAUAUUAGUGGAGGGGUCUCAAAUGAAGACACACCAAGAGUUGGAGAAAAUUCAUAUUUUGUGCAAGAUGUAGUCUUCAUCUUCACUUGUAGAGGUCCUAGGCUAGUGAAAAAUUCAGGUGUGGAGUUGUAGUAAAGGGCCUAGAGUCUUAAUGACUACGUUUGAAUGUGAUUCUAUCCCACGGUUUGUAGAGGUAGCCGGCAGGUGGUGAUAGCCCUGUCCGUGUCCUAGUAAUCCUCCAUGUUCGGGUAGGAUGGUAGGAGGUGCAUAAAGCCGUAUGGUUGGGUUGAACUCUUCUUCCCCGCUAGUAGCGGUCUCCCUUAUCCAUGAUCUAGGUUCAAUCUUUGUGUAUGAACGAAUCAAUUCAAUUAUAUUUCAUGCA